AUGUCUCUAACGGCAUCGGCGACUACCGCUGUGCUAACCGCGCUCGCCGGGAAACCGGAUCACGGAGGCGAGAGGCGGUGGGAAGAUCAGUUGAAGGAGCAGCGCGAUCUCUACACGCAGUUCGUGAUCAGCUCUACGUUAGGCCUGGGCGCUUUCUUGACCUUUUGUAUCUUGCGGCCAAAAUGGACCGAACUGUACGCUGCCCGACGUCGACAACGGAAUGCCGCUUCGCGCUUACCUGAGCUUCCAAAUACCCUUUUUGGUUGGAUUCCUGUCCUUCAUGGAAUCACUGACGAGGAAGUGCUGCAGUCCGCCGGUUUGGAUGCCUAUGUGUUCCUGUCCUUCUUCAAGUUUGCUAUCCGGUUCCUUCUAGCUGUAUUCAUCUUCGCUGUCGCAAUUAUUCUUCCGAUUCACUACAAAUACACCGGCCAAUAUGGUGUUCCGGGAUGGGACAAUCUCCCUGACAACAGCACGAUAAAUCGCAUUGAUGAUCUCGGAAAAGACAAGCCUGUCACUGACCCCGGAUAUAUAUGGAUCUAUGUCUUGUUCGCAUAUAUCUUCAGCGGCUUAGCUUUUUACAUGCUUCUCCAGGAAACAAAUCAAAUAAUUCGCACACGGCAGACCUAUCUCGGUAACCAGACCAGCACCACUGAUCGUACCAUUCGCCUGUCGGGAGUUCCACAAGACCUAGGAACCGAGGAAAAAAUAAAGGAAUUUAUUGAAGGCCUGCGUGUCGGCAAGGUUGAGAGCAUCACGAUCUGCCGAAAGUGGCGUGAAUUAGACGAACUGAUCGACGAGCGAUUGAAGGUUGUUCGAGAUCUCGAGCGGGCAUGGACGAAGCACCUUGGUUAUAAGCGGCCUAAAAGCGACGGAAAUACUUUGCCUUUGACCAGCCAACAGGCGCAGGACGAUGACAAUGAACAGUCUGGGUUGUUAACAGAGUCUGAACGGGACCAUGUCUCUGGUUAUUCCAAUGAGAGACCAAAAGUCCGCAUCUGGUAUGGCCCAUUAAAGCUUCGCUUCCGGAUGAUCGACGCAAUCGACUAUUACGAGGAGAAGCUGCGGAAAAUCGAUGAAUAUAUAUUAAAUGCACGCGAGAAAGAAUACGCAGCUACUGAGAUUGCAUUUGUGACUAUGGAGUCUAUUGCUUCAUCUCAAAUGCUCGUGCAAGCGAUUCUCGAUCCACACCCAAUGCAAAUGUUCGCUCGACUUGCUCCAGCGCCGGCAGAUGUUAUUUGGAAGAAUACAUACUUAUCUCGGACCCGGCGCAUGGUGCAGUCGUGGUCCAUUACCGUCGUCAUUGGGUUCUUGACCGUUUUCUGGUCCGUGCUUUUGGUUCCCAUCGCAUCUUUGCUGGAACUGGAGACUCUGCAUAAGAUUGUUCCCCAGCUUGCAGAGUUCCUUCAAGAGCACACAAUUCUUAAGUCUUUGGUUCAGACUGGUUUGCCGACUCUCGCGUUCUCGCUGUUGACGGUUGCUGUUCCUUAUGUGUACGAAUGGCUAUCGAAUAACCAAGGAAUGGUGUCACGUGAACUUCUUUUUUCGUUCUUCAACCUUUUCUUACUGUUCACCGUCUUCGGAACUGCUAGUGGUUUCUAUGGUUUCUGGGAAAACCUCCGGGAUGCAUUCAAAGAUUCUACGACAAUUGCAUUUGCCCUUGCACAGUCUCUCGAAGGUCUUGCGCCAUUCUACAUCAACCUUUUGAUCCUUCAAGGCCUGGGUCUUUUCCCCUUUAGGCUUCUCGAGUUUGGAAGUGUUGCGCUAUACCCGCUCCAAUUUCUAUCGGCCCGCACACCACGAGAGUAUGCAGAGCUAAACACGCCUCCCAAGUUUAGCUAUGGCUUCUCCAUCCCCCAAACCAUCCUGAUUUUGGUCAUCUGUGUGGUGUACAGUGUUUUCCCGAGCUCGUGGCUGAUCUGCUUGUUCGGCUUGAUCUACUUCACGGUCGGCAAGUUCAUUUACAAAUACCAACUUUUGUACGCCAUGGACCACCAGCAGCAUUCCACCGGCCGCGCAUGGCCCAUGAUCUGCAACCGCGUAUUUGUUGGCCUUAUAGUCCACCAGCUUGCCAUGAUUGGCGUUUUAGCUCUGCGCAGAGCCAUCACUCGCUCGUUGCUCCUCGUGCCACUUCUAGGCUUCACCGUUUGGUUCUCAUACUGGUUCGGACGGACAUAUGAGCCCCUAAUGAAGUUCAUUGCCCUCAAGAGCAUCAACCGAGACCAACCGGGUGGAGGCGAUAUCUCCCCCUCCCCUUCAUCAUCCUUCUCACCGCCGUCAGGCUUGGACCGCGACAGUCUUCCAAUCCGCAUUGGCGGACAAGAUCUCGAGCUGCGGCUGAAGAAGUAUGUCAACCCAAGUCUUAUUCUGCCGCUGCAUGCUGCCUGGCUUCCCCACCGCUCCCGUCAAGGCAAUGGUGCGUCGGCUUUCGAGGCUCAUCAGACGCCCAAUGUCUGA